AAACUCCGAAGACAAAGACGUACCAAUCGACGUUGCACAGAGUACCACCAACCACUGCACAAACCCCUUAACAACCUGUGUCAUAGGCCUCGCCUUUUUUGUUCGCCUUAAUUUUCACCGAUCAAAUCACGGGAGUACCUUUGGCGGCGACGGCGAUCGACGACGGAUUGACGCAAAAUCACCGCCAUGUCGCGCGAGAGAUUUAGGAAAGCCCUACUGCCUCCGGGCCUUGAGAAUAUUGAGAAGUUGAAGAAAAUUGUAGACGAAGGGAAUUACUAUGGGGCUCAACAGAUGUACAAGACUACUAGUGCAAGAUAUACUUCAGUAGGAAGAUAUACUGAAGCCUUAGACCUUCUUCAAUCAGGUGCCUGCCUCCAAUUAGAGCACGACCAGGUUACUUGUGGGGGUGAGCUUGCUGCUUUGUUUGUGGAGACGCUAGUAAAAGCAAAAGUUGAUUUUGAUGAUGACUAUUUGGACCGUAUUAGGAAGAUCUACAAAAAGUUCCCUCGCAUUCCGUUGCCUGAAAACUUGGACUUGGCUGAUGAUGAAGCCAUUCAUCGAUUAUCUGAAACCCUUGGAGCUGCAAAAACACGUGUUCAGAGUUGCUCAUCAUUUUUGAAAGCUGCUAUUAAAUGGUCUGCAGAACAUGGUCCGCGAAAGAUUGGAUCUCCGGAACUACAUGAUAUGUUGGCUGAAUACAUAUACUCUGAGUCGCCAGAGGCCGAUAUGACUAGAGUGUGUUUCCAUUUUGCACGGGGUAGGAAUCCAAAAAAGUUUGCUUCAACACUCGUGAAUUUCAUGGGGAAGUGCUACCCAGGUGAAGAUGAUUUGGCCAUUGCACGAGCCGUUUUGAUGUAUCUUUCUAUUGGUAAUCUAAGAGAUGCUAACAAUAUUAUGGACGAGAUAAAGAAGCUUGCUCGGGCAAAAGAACUUGAAUUCCCAGAGUCAGAAUUGAUGCGGUUCAUUGAUUAUCUCUUGCAGACGUUAAUGAGAGAUGCAUUGCCGCUGUUCAAUAUGUUACGACAAAAAUUCAGCUCCUGUAUCGAUAGAGAUCCUAUGUUUAACGAGUUGCUAGAUGACAUCGGGGAAAAGUUUUAUGGAGUAAGACGCAAAAAUCCCUUGCAGGGGAUGUUCGGAGAUUUGUUCAAGAUGUAAUGAAGCGAACAGCGUGUUGUAUACAAAAACGCCAAGUCGUGUUGUUGGAUGUAUUUGUUUGACCCCCGUCGCGCUACUAAGUGCAAUUUUAAUAUCUUCCUGUAUUGUGGCUAUUAAACGCACAUUUUUGUUGCUUUUUCGUGUUUAAUAUGAAAUCUUAACGAUAGCUUGUUUGGUACAUUCUUGUGAACUUAGCAGCUGCUUAUUAAUUAUUAUGCUUUUUCUAAUGAAGAUUAGGAUCGCACAAAA